GCGCGACAAGAUGGCGGCGGCGGCUGCGGCGGGAGGAGGCGGCGGAGCGGGGGCUCCCCCCGCGGCCCCCCGGCUCUCCCCGGCCCCGCCGCCCCCGCGGCCCCCCGGGCCCGCCCGCAUCGGCUACUACGAGAUCGAGCGCACCAUCGGCAAGGGCAACUUCGCCGUGGUGAAGCUCGCCACGCACCUGGUGACCCGCGCCAAGGUUGCRAUAAAGAUCAUCGAUAAGACUCAGCUGGAUGAAGAGAACCUGAAGAAGAUAUUUAGGGAAGUUCAGAUCAUGAAGAUGCUCUGCCACCCACACAUCAUCAGGUUGUACCAGGUUAUGGAGACAGAGCGGAUGAUUUAUCUGGUGACAGAGUAUGCCAGUGGAGGGGAAAUAUUUGAUCACCUGGUGGCCCACGGGCGCAUGGCCGAGAAGGAAGCCCGGAGAAAGUUCAAGCAAAUUGUGGCUGCUGUCAACUUCUGUCACUGUCGGAACAUAGUCCACAGGGAUCUGAAGGCAGAAAAUCUCCUCCUGGAUGCCAACCUGAACAUCAAAAUAGCAGAUUUUGGGUUCAGCAAUAUCUUCACCCCUGGCCAGCUCCUUAAAACCUGGUGUGGGAGUCCCCCCUACGCUGCUCCAGAGCUCUUUGAAGGCAAGGAGUAYGAUGGGCCAAAGGUUGAUAUUUGGAGCCUGGGCGUGGUGCUGUACGUGCUGGUGUGCGGGGCCCUGCCCUUYGACGGGAGCACCCUGCAGAACCUGCGGGCAAGGGUUCUCAGCGGCAAAUUCCGCAUCCCCUUCUUCAUGUCCACAGAGUGUGAGCACCUGAUCCGCCACAUGCUGGUGCUGGACCCGAGCAAGAGGCUCUCCAUGGAGCAGAUCUGCAAGCACAAGUGGAUGAAGCUGGGGGAGGCUGAUGCAGAGUUUGACAGGCUCAUAGCAGAGUGUCAGCAUCUGAAAACAGAGAGGCAGCUGGAGCCACUGAACGAGGACGUGCUGCUAGCCAUGGCCGACAUGGGGCUGGACAAGGAGCGCACGGUGCAGUCGCUGCGAGCCGACGCGUACGAUCACUACAGCGCGAUUUACAGCCUGCUCUGCGAGCGCCUCAAGAGGCACAAGAACCUGCGCAUUGCCCCCUCGCCCAGCAUCCCCCGCACCAUCACCUUCCCCACCUCGGCCAACAUCCAGCAGACAGAACAGACAGGCAACACCAUGAAUAUCAGCGUGCCCCAAGUGCAGCUCAUCAACCCCGAGAACCAAAUUGUGGAGACUGAUGGAACAAUGAACCUGGACAGUGAUGAAGGGGAAGAGCCAUCCCCCGAGGCUCUGGUUCGCUACCUCUCCAUGAGGAGGCACACAGUGGGAGUGGCUGACCCACGGACGGAAGUCAUGGAAGACCUGCAGAAGCUGCUGCCUGGCUUCCCCCGUGUGACUCCUCAGGCUCCGUUCCUGCAGGUGACCCCGAAUGUGAACUUCAUGCACAAUGUGCUGCCCAGGCAGAACCUGCAGCCCACGGGGCAGCUGGAGUACAAGGAGCAGUCCCUGCUGCAGCCCCCCACCCUGCAGCUGCUGAACGGGAUGGGYCCGCUGGGCCGGCGCGCGUCCGACGGCGGGGCCAACAUCCAGCUGCACGCCCAGCAGCUGCUCAAACGGCCACGGGGCCCCUCGCCACUCGUCACCAUGACACCAGCUGUCCCUGCUGUCACCCCCGUGGACGAGGAGAGCUCCGAUGGGGAGCCAGAUCAGGAAGCUGUGCAGAGAUACUUGGCAAAUAGGUCAAAAAGGCACACUCUGGCCAUGACCAACCCUACAGCUGAAAUCCCUCCAGACUUGCAGAGGCAGCUAGGACAGCAAUCCUUCCGACCCCGGGCUUGGGCUCCACACCUGGGACCCGACCAGCACCGUUCUAUUUACAAGGACUCCAACACUCUGCACCUCCCCACCGAGCGCUUCUCCCCGGUGCGGCGCUUCUCCGACGGGGCUGCCAGCAUCCAGGCUUUCAAAGCCCACCUGGAGAAGAUGGGCAACAACAGCAGCAUCAAACAGCUUCAGCAGGAGUGUGAGCAGCUCCAGAAGAUGUAUGGAGGGCACAUGGACGAGAGGACRCUGGAGAAGACGCAGCAGCAGCACAUGUUGUACCAGCAGGAGCAGCACCAUCAGAUUCUUCAUCAGCAGAUUCAGGACUGUAUCCGGCCUCCCCAGCCAUCUCCACCCUUGCAAGCUCCAUGUGAAAACCAGCCAGCUCUGCUCACUCACCAGCUCCAGAGGUUACGGAUCCAGCCAUCCAGCCCRCCCCCCAACCACCCCAACAACCAUCUCUUCAGGCAGCCCAACAGCAGCCCACCCCCCGUCAGCAGCAGCGUGCUGCAGCCCCAUGGUGCUGCCUCCCAGUCCCAGUUCCAAGGGAUGCCAUCCCACAGCAGCAUCUUCCCGCAGUCGGGUAACUGCUCCCCGCCCCCGACCAUGGGGCUGACGUGCCUGGCCCUGCAGCAGCAGCAGCAGCAGUCCCAGCAGGUCACCAUCCAAGUGCAGGAGCCCGGGGACAUGGUGGGCAGCAGCCUCCUGCCCGGGGCCUCGGUGGCAUCCCACACUCGGGGGAUGUCCCUGAGCCCCAGCGCCAGCCAGAUGCAGAUGCAGCAGCGCGCCAACCUGAUGGCUUCCCUGAGCUACGGCCACCGGCAGCUGUCCAAGCAGCUGAGCGCCGACAGCGCCGAGUCGCACAGGUAUCCCCCCGCCAACUACGACCAGGUGCACUUACACCCCCACCUGUUCCCGGAGCAGCCCCGCGUUUCCCCCAGCAGCUACAGCCCGUCGGGAGGGGUGGGGUUCCCUGCAGCCCAGCAGGCUCUGAAGGUCCCGCAGCUCGAGCAGUACCCCAAUUUCCCUCCGAACGCACAUCAGCAGCAGCAGCAGCACUACACGGCAUCGGCACUACAGCAGGCACUGUUGUCCCCGACACCUCCCGACUACAGCCGACACCAGCAGGUACCGCACAUCCUCCAGGGACUGCUUUCCCCCCGGCACUCGCUCACGGGGCACACGGACAUGCGGCUGCCCCAGGCAGAAUUUGCACAGCUCAUCAAACGGCGGCAGCAGCAGCAGCAGCAGCAAGAAUUCCAAGAGUUGUUCAGGCAUAUGAGUCAAGGGGAUGCUGGCAGUAUGGGCACCAGCAUGGGACAGAACCUCUCGGAGCGCCAGUCGUUAUCUUUGCCUUAUCAGAGUGCUGACACCUACCACCCCCAGAGCAGCCCCCAACAUCUCCUAAAAAUCAGGGCUCAAGAAUGUAUCCAGCAGGUCCCUGCCUCCGUGCCACCACCGCCGCAGGGAUACGGACACCAGCCAGCCCUGUUCCACUCGGAGAGCAUGGAGGAGGACUGCGCCUGCGAGGGCAACAGGGACAGCUUUCCUGACAGUAAGAGUUCAAACACAUUGACCAAAGGUUGCCACGAGACCCCUCUGCUUGUAAACGCAGCAGGGCACGGGGACCCCGAAUCUUUGCUAGGAACUGCUAAUCCUGCACAGGAGCUGGGAACGCACCAGUACAGGCAUCAGCCCGCGCCCGGAUUCAGGAAUAAGGUGCCCAGCAGAGAGUCCAUCGUAGGGAACUGCAUGGACAGGAGCUCGCCCGGCCAAGCCAUGCAGGUGCCUGACCACAACGGCCUGGGCUACCCCGUGCGCCCCUCGUCCAGCGAGCAGCGGCCCCGCACCCUGCAGAGACAUCACACCAUCCAGAACAGUGAUGAUGCCUACGUGCAGCUGGAUAACUUGCCUGGGAUGAGUUUGAUGGCAGGAAAAGCUCUCAGCUCUGCUCGGAUGUCGGACGCCGUGCUCAGCCAGUCGUCACUGAUGGCCAGUCAGCAGCUGCGUGACAGGGACAGCGAGGAAUGCGGGGAGAGUUUGGAGGAUGAAGAGCACCCGAACCUGGGCGAUGGCAGCCAGCACCUCAACACCUCCUGCUACCCCUCGACGUGUAUCACAGACGUCCUGCUGAGCUACAAGCACCCGGAGGUGCCCUUUGGGAUGGAGCAGGCGGGGGUGUAACCAGGAGGGGGGUUUGUGUACAGCUUUGAAACGAAAAGGUCCAUUUUAAACCAACAGUAUCUAGCAGCAUUGCGCCAAAUUGCCGUAGUAUUUCUGACUAACUGGAAUACCAUGGCCCCUUUCCUCAUCCUCACUUCAUCCAGUGUGUCGUUCCUUUGGGUUCUUUAAUUUCUGCCACACUUGCCUGUGAGUCCAGCUGCACCCAGAGCCCUGAGCCCAGCGUGGAGGGAGGAUCAGCCUGGGUGUGGGGGCUGCUCUGGGGUGACCCUGCCCGGGGCCCCAGGCCGGGCUGAGCCUUCCUAGAACCUGCCCCGAGCAGGUCCAAGGGACUGGAGCUGCUCCUGGAUGGAGGCCACRCUCUCCUUCACCCUGUCUGCCUGCACUGGGGGAUCCUGGCAGCGCUGCCGGGGCCCUCCCCACCCCGGUGCAAACCACUUCUUGUCUCACCUCUGUCUGCUCUGUUCCCUCUCAUGUGUUGGGGUGUUGACAGGAUCACCCCUGCCCUCCCCUCCCUUUUCUUUCCAAAUCUGCCACGACUUGGGGUUUUUUCUUUUCCUGGCUAAUGUAGGGCAGACGGAUUUUUCUUUGUUUCCUUCGCUUUUCCUCCUGAUCACGUAGGAAUUGUUUUUUUUUGGUAAAUGUUGUUUUAUUAUUAUUGUUAUUAAUAAAAGGCAAAAGGAAUUUCUGUUUGAGAGAAAUUUUUAACUAGAUUCUGUUCUAUAUGAAUUGUGACUUGCACCUUUUGUUCAAAGUAUUUUAUUUCUUUUAACGACAUUGUACUUGUGACUGGUUUUCUCUCGUGCCAGUGGCGACAGUGGUAAUUCUCCUUUUACAGCUGGGACGUGCAGAGGUCUCUUCUUUGUCCCUUUUCCAUCCUUUCCGUGGUGGAUAGAGCAGGAAGCCCYUCACCCCACCGGGGCUUGGGAGCCUGUGGUGUCACCCUUGCCUUUGGGACUUAAGCUCCAGUUCAGAUCCUUCUUACUGACAUUUUUCUGGAAUAUUUUUUAAAACAAACUAAAGGAAACGUCAACCCAGCCCUCCUGACUUUGCACAGAAGGAAGUGUGAAACCAGCACGGCAGAGGUGACUUUGCUAUCCUCACCCCGCGCCUCUUCCCGGCCUCCCCUCCUCCGGGAGAACAAUGCUAACGGGAGAACAAUGCCAACAGCUCUGCGAUCCCGAAAAUCAGAGAGAGGAGGGAAGCUCCGAGCCCCUCACCCGGCUCCUGCGGGCUCGGGGGGCGCGGGGAGCCCGCCGGACCGAGCGGGAAGGGUGGGAAACGCGGGAAGCCUUUUGCUCUGUCCCUUUGGUUCGUUUUCCUUUUGUUUACAUGACACUGUAUCCUGGGAGAGUCGCCGGGCCCCCCCCAGCAGCAGCCGCCCCGCAGGGCCGCCUCACCGUGCCAUCCGCAGUAUCACACUUUUUUUAUCAUGGCUUUGUAUUGUAGUAAUCAAUACGCGCAGUAUAUGUUGAAUGUAUAUUAAUAUACUUUGCUAUUAUUUCUGUUUUUUGGAAAUGUCAGAAGUAUUUUUUUUUCUUCCUCAUUUAUGUUGGACUAAAAACGAACAGGAAAAAAAAAAAAGAAACGUUUCAGUAAAUCUUCAGUCCAUUUUUUUGUGGGUCACUUGCAACUAGUCAAUUAGUUGGACAGUGGGAUCAUAACAAAUAAAACCAUGAUUAUGAUCUUCCC